AUGGCUCUGUCCACCGAAACAAUCAACACCCUCCGGGCGAAAGUCGACGCCGCUUGCGCCAACCAAGAGUCCGGCAUUCCGGGAACCGUCUUCGUCGUGGUCGGACGCGAUGGAAAGGAGAAAUUCGCCUAUGCAGGGGGCAAGCGUGGCUACGGGAGCUCGGAGCCAAUGACGCUCGACAACAUCUUCAGCAUUGCCUCCUGCACCAAGAUGAUCACGGGCAUUGCCUGCAUGCAGCUCGUCGAGCAGGGACGCCUUGCCCUGGAUGAUGCUGCCCAAGUUGAGCGUCUGGCCCCGGAGCUCAAGGACGUCAAGGUCCUGCAGCCCGACGGAACACUGGUCGAGAAGAAACGGGGCAUCACGUUGCGGAUGCUUCUGAGCCAUACAGCGGGGUUCGGUUAUUCCUUCUUCAAUGAGCAGCUGAGAGACUUCAACCGUCCCACGGGCUACGACGAAUUCUCGGGGCAUAUCUACGAUGUGACCCAGCCUCUGACUUUCCAGCCUGGAGAGGGCUGGCAGUAUGGCGUCGGGAUUGACUGGGCAGGAAUUCUCGUCGAACGAGUCACCGGUCUCUCGCUGAACGACUACUUCCAACGAUACAUCUUCGAACCCCUUGGCCUCAAGAACAUCUUCUUCAUUCCUAAUGAGUCGAUGAAGAAGAACCUGGCCUACAUGCACCAGCGGGCGCCCAAUGGCCAGCUCUCCAGGCGCGAUCACCUCCUCCAUCGUUCGCUGAUCUGCUCACAUCAGCCAAAUGGAGCUGCGGUGGCUGACAUCACGUCAGAAAUCCUGGCUACGUUGCUCAACAACGGGACCUCCCCGACGACAGGAAAGCAGAUCCUGCGGAAGGAAACCGUCGACGAGAUGUUCCGGAACCAGAUCCCAGAGUUUCCCGACUUUGGCCGGAAACUCAUCCCCGACGCUAAGCCCGACCUCACGAAUCCGAUCCCGAACCUGUACCCCAGCGAUGGUCCGCAGGGCUGGGGGUUGACCUUUAUGCUUACAGGGGGACCGACUGGCCGGUCAUCUGGCACUGCCUGGUGGGCGGGUCUGCCGAACCUGUUCUGGUGGUGUGAUCGCGAGAAGGGAGUGGCGGGGAUGAUCUGCUCUCAGAUCUUGCCUUUUGCGGAUCCCCAGAUCCUGGGUCUGUGGAUGGAUCUGGAGGGUACAGUGUACAAAGCUCUUGCCCAUUCAUCUCUAAAAGCUGCAUCGGUGGAAACUGCUUUUAACAGGGGCAGCACCAAGCAAUGCAGGAAGAAGACCAAAUCUGCUAUGGAACAAGACUGCGAGACUGCCACAGUCGGCAGCAGCAGUAGCAGCAGCGUGAACCACCCAUUGCUGAAUUCGAAUCCGCUCUUCUCGCAGCCACAGAUGGAUGGCAGUCUCAAUGGCUUGUCCCUGUCAUCUCAGAACAACAAUGACCCGUUUUCAUCAAUGUCGACAUGGGAUCCGCUUGUCUUCUCAGAUCUCUCAGACGGCACGCGGCUGGGCUUGAACAGCGCUGAGAAUGCCACCUGGCACGGUGAGCCACGGCUGGUCCCUCCUCCUCCUGAUUACAACGAGGACCUCUACACGACGGGCUUGAUGAUGGACGAUGCAGAGGAUUGGUUUCAGUACCUAGACAGCCAUGGCACAACGUCGGACUCCAAACUGGAUGUCGUGAAUACUCCUGUGAGCCCGUUCAGCGCUCCCCAGGUGAAUGGGUACGGUUGUGACUGGACGAAUAUCGCUUCGUGCAUGGGCAGACCAAACGUCAGCAGCUUUCUGCCUCGCAAUUCUGAUCGAGACCAUUCUCCCAACAACAAGAAGGAUCCCUACUCGCCGCCCAGAACGGACACGCAGCUGUCACUAUCCUCCCAGAGAAUCGUCGACGAAUUCUUCCGCUCCGAAACAGCGCGCAAUCUCCUUCGCGUCUACCACGACAGCAUCGAAAACGCGCUGACCUGCUGGUUGACGGAGCGGAACUGCCCCUACAGUCGCAACCACAAGCAACGCUCACCCUCCCGGUCGAGGAUUUCCAUCUCCAUCGACGGCGAAUGGGGUCCGCAGUGGUCGAAUCGCAUCUGCGCGCGCGUCUGCCGGCUGGACCGCGCGUAUGCAGCAGUGCGUGGACGGAGCCUGACGAUGAACGAAGAGCGGAUGGCGUCGCGGGCUCUGCACGCUGCUAUCAUGGCGUUUGCGUCGCAGUGGUCUCCUGAGAGCGUUGCGAAGCUGGACAUGCAUGUCCGCGGAAAAAGCGAGGCUAUGCCCUCCCCUCUUGGCAAGGAUCUCGAGCGCUCUGUCCCGGAACGGCUGUGGAACGAAGCCUCUUAUGUCCUUAACGAGGCUGCCCACACCGAGUCAUUCCGGGUUAUAUUCGCGCAUAUGAUUUUCUCCCUCACACAACGCCCGCUGAAUGGCAGCGGAGAUGCUUCCGGCCUGGAGUCUCCACAGAGAGAUAAUCAGGCGCCAGGACUCGUCGAACUGCACCGCCUUUUCGACAGCGACCGCGCUCCGCUAUUCCUCGAAACUGCCGUCCGGCAGAUGUUCUCCUGCCGGCACAAGCUGACCCGGUUCCAGCGUGAAUGCAAGACGGGAUCUCUGUCCGCAGAGGACCACGAGACAGUCAACCUUCUGUUCUGGCUGGGAGUGAUGUUCGACACCCUCACCGCAGCCAUGUACCAGCGUCCUCUUGUCGUCUCAGACGAGGACAGCGAGAUCAACUGCUCAGUGACUCAAAGCCAACAGGUCCAGACAGACGUCAAAGCGGACAACCACAUCGAUCUCGACGGAUGGGAUUUCGCAACAUCACCCAAUGCAAGAAAAAGAAACGUCCGACGGGUCUGGGGAGACUUGUUCCUUCAGCAGGGUGCAGCUGGUGAAAUGCCAGAGAACAGCAUCCCACGCUGGCCCUGCGCGUACGAAGCAGCGGCAGAAACACUAUCAGACGCCGCGCCCGUCAAAGUGCUGCUCUUCCGCCGUGUGACCCGGCUGCAGACGCUCGUCUACCGCGGAGCGGAGCCCGAGCAGCUGGAAGAAGCGAUUCAGGACACAUUCAGAAUCUACGAUUACUGGAAUCGCACCUAUGGGGUGUUCAUGCAGGAUUGCGUCGCCCACCACGACAGCCUCCCGCCUCGUAUCCAGUCGUGGUACGUCCUUCUGGCCGGACACUGGCAUCUCGCCGCCAUCCUGCUGGCAGACACGGUGGAAAGCAUCGACAAGGGCCGGAUGGGCCUGGACUCGCAGCGCGAGUCACGUCUAGCGACCAACCUAGUCGCGAAUCUGAAGACGGAGAACGCCGUCGCCAUCUCCCGUCUGGCGCAGAGCUCGUUGCGCAGUGGCUCCAAGAGCGCGACGACGACGACGACGACGACGCGCGAAUUCCAAUUCCAAUUCCACGACGCGGUGAUGAACGACGGCGGAGCGGUCCUCACGGAGCCGUGGACGGCCGUGCUGAUCCGCUCAUUCGCCCGGGCGGGAUACAUCCUGCUAGACCGGGUGAGAGCAAUGAACGACGCGUUCGACGAGGAAGCUCGACAGCAGUGCGCAUUCUGUAUCGAGGCGCUGUGGAGUCUGGGGAAGAAGUCGGAUAUGGCGUCUGUGGCUGCGCGGUCGUUGUCGAGCAGUCUCGACGAGGCGAUUCGGUUGCAUUGCCAGAAUAGGCUUUUUGUGUGA